UUGACCAUAUCAUCUGCCUUCUUGAUCUUGACAUUUUCAAAAAUCCAACGCCUUGCAAUUUUCUUAUCAUUUUAUCAUCUUUCUUGGAUAAGUGUAUAUAUAAGUUGAGCAAAGCAAAGAGAUUCAGAGAUUUUUAAGAAUGGAGAAACAUGCUAAACCCAAAACCAAUAUCUUAAAAUUUCUACCAAAAGCUUCUGCAGUCACCUUUCAAAACCUUCCUUUCAGCCCAGGUAGAGAAAAGAGAUCAGAUAUUCACAUAAACAAGCUCAAAGCUCAUGCCGGUAAAGGAUUCUCCGGUCCGAUCAUAUCAAUAAUUCCUGAUGAAGCUCGAAGAAAGUCCAAGAAUGAAAGCUUUGAAGAAAACCAGGAACCCACUUCGCCGAAAGUGUCGUGCAUGGGCCAAAUCAAAAAACACAAGGCCAAUCACAAGAUGAAGAUGAAACAUAUGAAAACGGCCUCGCUUCCUAAAGAUACUAAGCCGGCAGUAUCUUCUCCACGAGAAGUAAAGAAACAGGCAUCAAAGUUUAUGAGACUCUUUAGUGGUGUAAAACCAGCAAGAAAAUCUGAUGUUUCUGAUGAACAUAUUCAGAAACUACCAGAUAGAGCACCCGCUUUGAAUCAGAUGAAAAGGUUUGCGAGUGGUCGUGAUGCUUUUUCCGAUUUUGAUUGGACGGCUCAUCAGAUAGCACCGCUGGAUUCCGAUCACCGGAAUUAUUAUUCAGAUGAAGAGAGAGGAGACAGUGAUCAAGAAGAAGAAGAAGAUUACAUCAUUCCAUUUUCGGCACCUAUAACUGUAGGUGGAGGAGUGGCUUUGCAGCCCAAGAAAGAAGUUAAUUUAUGGAAGAGAAGAACAAUGAAUCCACCAAGGCCUCUUCAAUUGAAUACGAUGGUCAGAGCAAAUUCAUGAAGUACAUUAAUUCUUCAUUAGGUUUUUACAGGGUUCUUCUGUUUUGUUUAUCUUAGAUUUGAUUAUGUACAUAUCUGUGAUGAGAUACGUAGAUCAAUUCUGAAAUUUGCUUGAUGAUGUAUCAAAUCUUGUUCAUAUUCAUACAUAAAUGUUUAAACACAUAAUUGUUAUAUAUUCAA